UAAUAUUUGUAUGGUAGUGCAUGUAAGAAAUUUGUUUACAAAAUUUAAAAGAUGAGAUCUAUUUACAUUUUUAAUUACAAUCAAAAGAUACUAUUUCUUUAAGCAUCAAACAAACUUUUGAAAGUUAAAUUGUGUGUACUGUUUUAUGAUGGCUAUGGUUAGUGAUGAAACUUCUCAUAGUUCAUUUGAAAGUAAAAAGCCCAACGAUGAAGGGCAAACUAGUUUAAAUAAUCAGUCUACUAACAUAUCAGGCAAUGAAGAAUUAUCGAAAGCAGAAAAGUUACGAAGAAGGCGAGAACGUUUAGCAUUAUGGAAGGAAACUAAGAAACAAGAGAGUCAAGAAGCAGAAGAGCCUGCCAAUGGUGAAGGCAGUCUUUCCAAGAUAGAGGUAUGGAAAAGAAGAAAGGCCUUGGAAAAGGAACAACAGUCAUCACAAACUUCAAAACCAGCAUCUGUGGAGAAGUCUACUUUAAAAAUAUCAACUAUAAAGAAAGGGAAGAUACUACCGAAGAAAGUUGCUAAGCGAGCAUUGUUUGAUGACGAAGUUCCAGAAGAAGAUCUGGGAUUGAAGUUUAAGAAACCAGACUUGAAUCUAGAUAUUGACUCUAUGGAUUAUUAUUCCACGAAAAAUGAUAAUGAGACCGAUGAGCUAGAUGAUUUCAUAAAACUGUUAGAAGGUAAUGACAAUGUCAAGGUUGCACCAGUAACAAAUCAAGCUCAAAUAAUUAAUGACCAGGAAGACAUUGCUAAUGAUAUCGAAAAUGAAGAAAAUGAAGAUGACGAUGAGGAAGUUGAAGAUGAAGAAGAGGCGCAACAAAGAUUGUUAUCAUCAAAAUUAUUAAAAUUACAAAAUAAAGAGAAGGAAUUAGGAGCUAUUGACUUUUCUAAUGAAAAUGUGAAAUCAUUCAGGAAAAGCUUUUAUACAGAACCAUUUGAAAUUAAAAACUUAAGUACAGAAGAUGUCGAAGCAAUAAGGUUUGACUUUGAUGGUAUACGAGUUCACGGGAUGAAUAUUCCUAAACCUAUUUUAAAAUGGUCUCAUUUAGCUCUUUCUUCUGUAUACAUGGACAUCAUCGAAAACAAACUAGGCUAUUCCGGUCCAACUUCAAUUCAAGCUCAAGCUCUUCCUACUAUAAUGUCUGGUCGUGAUUUGAUUGGUGUUGCAAAAACAGGUUCAGGUAAGACACUAUCAUUUGUCCUUCCAAUGUUGAGACAUGUUCAAGAUCAAGAAUCAUUAAAAAAAGAUGAUGGUCCAAUUGCAGUAAUUUUGACUCCGACGAGAGAACUUGCUCUUCAGAUUUUUAAAGAGGUUGGUAAUUUCCUAAAGAAGAUUGAUCUCCGAGCUUGUUGUUGUUACGGUGGUGCUCCAAUUGAAAAUCAAAUUGCUGAGCUUAAAAAGGGUGUUGAGAUUAUAGUUGGUACUCCUGGUAGAGUGAUUGAUUUAUUGGCGGCUAAUAGUGGUAGAGUAACUAAUUUAAAGAGAGUAACAUAUCUUGUACUUGAUGAAGCUGAUCGAAUGUUUGAUAUGGGUUUUGAACCACAAGUGUCUAAGAUUUUUACUCAAGUACGACCUGAUAGACAAACAGUCCUAUUUUCAGCAACCUUUCCUAGAAAAAUGGAAUUAUUGGCUAAGAAAAUCUUACAAAAUCCUAUUGAAAUUAUUGUAGGUGGAAUCAGUAUAGUCGCUCCAGAGGUUACUCAAAAGGCAUAUUUAUUUGAAGGUGAAGAAAAAGAAGUAGCAGAUGUAAAGUUUACGAAGUUAAUUGAUGACUUGAAAGAAUUUCAAGAGAAGGAUCCACAAGGAAAAGUCUUGAUUUUUGUUGAAAAGCAGUCAUAUGCCGAUGAAUUAUUGGUGAAACUAUUAGCUGAGGAAAUUCCUUGCCUAGCUAUACAUGGUGGUAAAGAUCAAUUAGAUAGAAAACAUGCCAUUAAGGACUUCUCGUCUAAGACUAGUGGUGUUAACAUAUUGAUAGCUACUUCUAUUGCUGCCAGAGGAUUGGAUGUGAAGGGUUUGAAUCUAGUGAUCAACUAUGAGGCUCCCAAUCAUAUGGAAGAUUAUGUGCAUAGAGUGGGAAGAACAGGUAGAGCCGGUGCUAAAGGCACUGCAAUAACAUAUGUAUCUUCAAGUCAAGAAAGAUGUAUAACUGAUUUGGUUAAAGCAAUGAGAUUAAGUAAAGUUGCAGAAGAAUCAAUACCUUCAAGGAUGGUAGAAAUCAGUAAUGAAUUUUUGAAAAAAGUCACAAAAGGGAAGGUUAAGUAUAAUUUCGGGUUCGGAGGUAAAGGUUUAGAGAAAUUGCAGCAAAUACGUGAGAAUGCUCGUGAUAUCCAAAGAAAGGAAUUUAAUGUUGAAGAUCAAACUCAUAGCAGUACAUCCAAAGAUAAUGAUUCUUCUAAUGCUAGCCCUGCCCCGGAUGUUCAUAUUGAUGAAGGUAAACUUCCUGAUUUCACCAUCAUAAAAGGAGGAGCUCCAGAGACUGCUGGACCAGAUAGAGGAAAUUUCCAUUCAAGAAUUACCAUUAAUGAUUUACCCCAAAAGGCCAGAUGGACGGUUGUGAAUAGAGAUAGUCUACCCAAAAUCAUUGAAGCCACUGGGGCUUCAAUUACAAGUAAGGGUCAAUAUUAUCCACCAGGAACUAAAGUCCCUGAACCUACUAUUAAAAAUGGUAAGGAAAUACCGGCACCAGCUAAACUCUAUUUACUUGUUGAAGGUUUGACCGAACAGUCAGUCCAUGAAGCUAAUAAGCUCCUCCGACAAAAGAUGAUAGAAGGAUUAGAAAUAGCUGCUAAAGAGGAGAGUAAACUACCUACUGGUAAAUAUUAACUAUUAUAGUGUAUAGUAUAAUGUGUUCCCCACAAUAAUUUUUUUUGAGUGGGUGCGCAAUUCCUCGGUAACUAAUGUAUAAUUACUGUGAUAAUUUAUUAACUUAAAACAUAA